AGCCGGCGUUUGGAUCAUUCGAACGGAUUAAAUAAAAAAUGGUUAAUUGAGUUCAAAUCACAUCUAAACUUUAUGAAUAAACUCGCUUAUGUUGUUCGUUGCCAUGGAAUAACCUUGGACCCUAAUACACAAGACUUCAUGUUAGUAUUGAAUCUUAUGGAAUGUAGCUUGCGGGAAUAUUUACUACCAAAUCACAAAUAUAUUCUAUGGGAACAAAGAAUUAGGAUAGUUUAUGAUUCAUCAAUUAGACACUAUUCACAGAGACCUACACUCUGGGGAUAUAUAGCUCCUGAAAUACUAAAUGGCAAACAAGCAACAAAAGAAUCGGAUAUUUAUAGCUUUGCAAUUUUAGCUUAUGAUAUUUUAGAAGGUAUUCGACCACCAAUUGAUGAAUCUACGCCAUGUUGGUAUAUUAAAUUGAUGAAACAAUGUUGGGAUGCUAUUCCUGAAAAUAGACCCAAUACGAAUACAAUUUUAAAUGAAAUAAGAAUGCAAUUACGAAUAAUUUAUCAAAAUGAUCUAAAAAAUAAUAAACCUAUUCAGAUUGCAAUAAAUAAUAGCGGAAACACUGAAAUUCAAACUUAUUCACCAGAAACAACUUUAA